ACUCCAGGCCAGCGCCGCCAGGAGGGGAGGAGCGGCAUCGUCAUCGCCGGCCUCCGCCAUGUCUGCCAUAUUGGAUGGGAAGUGAGCUGCCUCCCUCCGCCCACUGAGAUUGGCGGCGCCGGUGCUUGUCCAUUCACUGUGCCGUAGAGGUUCCCCUGGCGCCGCCAGCCGCCUAAUUGUUGCCGGUCACACCGAGGGGGGCACAUAGCGGGCAAGAUGGCCGACCCGGCGGAGUGCAGCAUCAAAGUGAUGUGCCGCUUCAGGCCUCUCAAUGAUUCUGAGGUGGUGAGAGGAGACAAGUAUGUGGCCAAGUUCCAGACAGAGGACACCGUGGUGGUCUCGACGAAACCUUAUGUCUUUGAUCGAGUAUUCCAGUCGAACACAUCUCAAGAACAAGUUUACAAUGCCUGUGCUAAAGCAAUUGUUAAAGAUGUACUUGAAGGAUACAAUGGUACAAUAUUUGCCUAUGGACAGACCUCAUCCGGAAAGACCCACACCAUGGAGGGAAAAUUACAUGAUCCAGAUGGAAUGGGAAUUAUUCCUAGAAUAGUGCAAGAUAUAUUUAACUACAUUUAUUCCAUGGAUGAAAACCUGGAGUUUCAUAUAAAGGUAUCGUAUUUUGAAAUAUAUCUAGACAAGAUUAGAGAUCUAUUGGAUGUGUCGAAAACAAAUCUGUCUGUUCAUGAAGACAAAAACAGAGUUCCGUAUGUAAAGGGUUGUACUGAGAGGUUUGUUUGUAGUCCUGAUGAAGUCAUGGAUACUAUAGAUGAAGGAAAAUCGAACAGACAUGUAGCUGUGACAAAUAUGAAUGAACACAGCUCUAGAAGUCACAGCAUUUUUCUAAUCAAUGUAAAGCAAGAAAACACUCAAACAGAACAGAAACUGAGCGGUAAACUUUACUUGGUUGAUUUGGCUGGUAGUGAAAAGGUUAGCAAAACUGGAGCUGAAGGAGCUGUGCUUGAUGAAGCUAAAAACAUCAACAAAUCUUUGUCAGCACUUGGAAAUGUCAUCUCUGCCCUGGCUGAAGGCAGUGUCUAUAUUCCAUAUCGAGAUAGUAAAAUGACUAGAAUCCUCCAAGACUCCCUAGGAGGCAAUUGUCGAACAACUAUUGUAAUUUGCUGCUCACCAUCCUCCUACAAUGAGUCUGAAACCAAGACUACUCUAAUGUUUGGUCAAAGAGCGAAGACCAUUAAAAACACUGUGUGUGUUAAUGUUGAGCUCACAGCUGAGCAGUGGAAGAAAAAAUAUGAAAAGGAAAAGGAGAAGACAAAGACUUUGCGAGCUACAGUGCAGUUCCUGGAAAACGAGCUUGCUCGCUGGCGUAAAGGUGAGACGGUGCCUGCUGAUGAGCAGUUUGACAAGGAGAAGGCCAAUCUGGAUGCAUUUGUUGUGGACAAUGUGGUAGCCAAUGAUAUUCCAGCUGUGACACUUACUGCUAAUUUCACUGAUGCCGAUAGAAGACACCGUGAGGAUGAAGUUGCUAAAUUGUAUAAACAGCUGGAUGACAAGGACGAAGAGAUCAAUCAGCAGAGUCAAUUGGUAGAAAAACUGAAGCAACAAAUGUUGGAUCAAGAAGAGCUACUGGCCUCCACAAGGCGGGAUCAGGAUAACAUGCAGGCUGAAUUAAACCGCCUACAAGCUGAAAAUGAUGCCUCCAAAGAGGAAGUGAAAGAAGUCCUUCAGGCCCUGGAGGAACUGGCUGUCAACUACGAUCAGAAGUCUCAGGAAGUAGAAGACAAAUCUAAAGAAUAUGAUAUUCUUAGUGAAGAGCUUAGCCAGAAAUCGGUUAUUCUUAGCAGCAUAGACUCUGAACUCCAAAAACUUAAAGAAAUGACCAACCAUCAAAAGAAAAGAGCUACAGAAAUGAUGACCUCUUUAUUGAAAGAUCUUGCUGAAAUUGGUAUCGCAGUAGGAAAUAAUGAUUCCAAGCAACCUGAAGUGAGUGGCAUGAUUGACGAAGAGUUCACAGUGGCCAGAUUGUACAUCAGCAAGAUGAAAUCUGAGGUGAAGAGCAUGGUGAAGCGCUGCAAGCAGCUGGAGGGCACCCAGUCUGAGAGCAAUAAGAAAAUGGAUGAGAACGAGAAAGAGCUUGCUGCAUGUCAGCUCCGCAUCUCUCAGCAUGAAGCAAAGAUCAAGUCCCUGACAGAGUAUGUACAGAACGUGGAGCAUAAGAAGAGGCAGUUGGAAGAAUCCGUGGACUCGUUGAAUGAGGAGCUUGUCAAGUUGCGGGCACAGGAACAAGUUCAUGAAAUGGAGAAGGAACACUUAAAUAAAGUACAGACUGCCAAUGAAGUUAAGCAUGCUGUGGAGCAGCAGAUUCAGAGUCAUCGGGAAAGCCACCAGAAACAGCUGAGUAGCCUGAGAGAUGAGAUUGAGAACAAGGAGAAGCUGAUCACAGAUCUUCAAGACCAAAAUCAGAAGAUGAUGCUGGAGCAGGAACGACUUCGAGUUGAACAUGAAAAGCUAAAAUACGCUGACCAGGAGAAGAGUAAGAAACUCCAUGACCUCACGGUAAUGCAAGAUAGAAGAGAACAAGCACGGCAGGAUCUGAAGGGACUGGAAGAGACAGUGGCAAAAGAGCUUCAAACACUGCACAAUCUCAGGAAGUUGUUUGUUCAAGAUUUGACUACUAGAGUGAAAAAGAGUGCAGAAAUGGACUCUGAUGACACAGGGGGAAGUGCUGCACAGAAGCAAAAGAUCUCCUUUCUUGAGAACAACCUGGAACAGCUCACAAAAGUCCACAAACAGUUGGUACGUGAUAAUGCAGAUCUUCGUUGUGAGCUUCCAAAGCUGGAGAAACGACUUAGGGCUACAGCUGAGCGAGUUAAGGCCUUGGAGUCUGCUCUAAAAGAAGCCAAAGAAAAUGCAUCCCGCGAUAGGAAACGGUAUCAGCAAGAGGUGGAUCGCAUCAAGGAGGCCGUAAGGUCCAAGAACAUGGCUAGAAGAGGACAUUCUGCACAGAUUGCUAAACCCAUCCGUCCUGGACAGCACCCAGCUGCCUCUCCAACGCAUCCAAAUGCAAUCCGUGGGGGAGCCGUGUUCCCUCAGAAUAGUCAGCCAGUGGCUAUUCGUGGAGGAAGUACUAAACCCUGACAAAAUAUGGUGAAAGAUCGUUGAAGUACCGAUCAGAAUGACAGCAGUGCCCAAUGGCCAUUUUUGGGGUUCAUUUACCUUUUUGGGAUUGUAGGAUUGUUUUUUUCAAUUGUAAUUUAUAUCUGGCCUGUACAGCUCUUCCUUUUAUUCCCAACAAAUUUUCUUUUUUUGGGGCAAAUUUGUAAUGAUUUGCAGCAAAACUAGAGUGCAAUUUUGAUGUCUUUGCAUACAACAUGUAAUUUAAGGUAUAUAGCUCCAUCUAUUGCACAGUUUGUUAUCCAUGUCUUAAAACUUAGUCUGCACUGUGCCAAGUCUGAAUGUAUGUUGCUGGUCGAGUAGAACCUAGAUAGGUCUCUGUAAAUCUUUCGUUUGGGGACAUGGAGCAAACAUUAACGGUUUAUUACACUUCAGGUUAACCUGUUUAAUUGUAUAACACUACUGCUUUAUUUAUACAAGAGCAGUAGAGCGCUUUCUGAAGUGACUUCAUUAAAUGGCGAUGCUAAGAUAUGACGCUGUCAUAUUGUACAGUGUACUACAGUGUCUGGCUAUAAAAGUGUGCUUUACACCAAGCUGCCACCAAUGCAACUAGCAGAAAAUCUAAAUUUCCAGUUCCUAUGAGGCUGCUCUACUGUUAUCCAGUGGAAUAGCCAAUUGCAAUGCUGUCUUUGGUUUAAAUAUUGUAUAGUAAAGAGAUACAGGAGUGAAACUUUUAUACAAGACAAUAGGGAUUCAUUGUUGGCAAACAUUGACUGUCCUAUAGCAAGCAUUAAUGUGUCACGACUGCUGUGAAAACAUUCUGCUUCGUUCUGUUAAUAAAUGUGUAUGGGAUUAUCUUGAGCUAUUUAAUCAUUUUACUGUAAUACAGAGCUUGCACUGGCAGUUAGGGUGUUUUUUUUUUUAUUUUUAUUGUUCUACAGUUUUUUUCUGUGUUCUUCGAAUACCACUUGUAAGUGUCCAGCUCCGCUAAGAGAUCAAACAUUCCUUGCAGCAGUGGUUUUCUGAAAUAAUGAACGUGUACUCAAUGGGAAGCAGCAGCAUUUUCCCUACCGUUUUACAGCAGGACCUCCAAAUUACUAAGCGCAAACUGAAUUCUAUGCUCUUUUAGGAAUGUGUUUUUUUUUUUUUUUUGUCUUGGACAUAGUUAUGGGUUUAAGGUAACAUCACAAGGGUUUUAUGAUAAAUCUAUGCACUGUCUGUCCCACUUAAGGUAUACAAUGGUGUUAAGCCUUCUCUGUUAUACAAUUGGCUACUUGGGUAGGAAAUGUUCAUUGGGAGACGGCAUAAGGCCAUUAUACAAAGCAAAGUCUGGAUGAUCUGAUGGCAUUUGAGAAAACCAAGUGCGCCAGUCUGGUUUGGCAUUUUUUUUUCUUCUGGCGAUCACAGGAAAGGUGACUGGUGCAAUUACAAGAAGUGACACUGUUACACAUAGCAGUUAGUCAGUUAAUUUUAAAAUGUGUAAAGAGAUUGGACAACACUACCCUUGCUCUCAUUUUCAUGAAGCAGAAUGCUUUUACUGUUGUGCGGAGGGUUAGUAGUAUCAAUCACCAUCUGUGGCCAUGUUUAGUAAGUAGAUUUGGCACUUUUUGGGGAAAUAAUAAAAUGCCUGAUAAAGGAAACUUGCACUGAGAACAGUAGGUAGGCUGCCAUUGCAGUCGUUUUUUAUUCCUGUUGAAAAUCCAGAUAAUCGAGGUUGUCUUGCUGUGACCCAGAACUAGCAAGUAGAAUAUAAACUUGUCCUAUUUAUUCCAGGACAUUGGCUCAAAGUUUAGAAGCUACUGAAUCAGGGUGCCAGCCUGCACUGGUAGCCGUCCAUUAUUUUCUCAGUAAGAUUUCAGUAUAUUUUCUUUUCUAUUAUGUAUUUUUUUUGUUUAGGGAGUUAAUGUCACUAGUUAUGCACUCUACCUCUUUUCAGAUUGAGAUUACCAUGUAUAGUUUUUAAUCCCCCCUCCUUUCAAAUAAAAUGCACAACUUUUAAAAACGACCCAUUUUAAGACUCAAGGGCAGAUGUUAACCACCAUCUCCAAUUUAAGUAGAUUCAGUUCUUGUAUAUAAUGCAGUCAUCCACCAUACAAGGUAACUCGCUUAAUAAACUGACAGACUGCAUUUUCCUCCAUAUUGUUUUGGCUUCUAGUUAUCUGCUGUUAUGGAUACUUAAAUGGCAUAUCCUGUAGUGAUUGGGAUAAGUCUGAGUUUAUAUGGCUUGCUUGCCUGUUCAUGGUGGUCUGGUAUCCUAUAUAUGUUUUAUAUAAGCUUUGCUUGGUCAUUUGCAGUAGUUGCAUGAUAGUGUGAGCUGCAGUAUUGUUAAUAGAUCAUACAGGCCAUAAAUAUAUAUAUACUUGACUUCUAGGUGACUUUAAAUACCCAUAGCUGUCCAUCACUGUUAAGUUUUAGAAUUAAAUUUAAAUACCUCCUUUUAAAGUGUACACUCCAUAUCUAUAAGUUAUACCUUCAUAAUUGGUUCUGAGGACAGAAGGACACCUCUUGGUUACAGUGUUUGUGGGAGUACUGACGUACUGUAAAGUUCAACACUAAAUACAAAGCCGGUUCUGGGUUAUUUGAAAUCGGGUUCUGUCUGUUUGUACAGUGUGUGAAUGGUCAUUGGGGGUAUAAAGUGCACCUGUCACAGUGAAAACAUUCAUUUUGUGCUCAGAGCAUACAUGCAGCAUGCAAAAUGUUAGCAAGAGUAAGUGGAACAUUUGGGUCAGUGGGCUUCUAAGUUUUUUUUUUUUUUUUUAAACAGCCAUCUUUAAGUUUGUAGGUCUCUGUUUUUUAUUCAGCCUUCAAAACUAUUUAGCAGUGCAUUUUUUUUCCAGUGAUAAGUUUCCGCAACUUUAAAUGGCCUCAUGCCAUAUCUAAGUGCCAUUGAACUUCAAUUUAGGCCUGCUCACACUGCAACAAUUUUAUUUUUUUCAGCUAUUUCUGCUGUCUGAAUCUUUUACUCUAAAAGUGUCUGGGUCAUCCUGUGGAUAAAAUCAGGACACUGCUUUUUCAAAAAAACUGGAGGUCAUAGAAGCAGCCGCUCCCCACCACAGUUUACAUCUCCACUUGGUGCUUGAUAUCUGUUAUUACAUUAGUAUUUAAUUUAUUUUUUACUCCUGUGGAUUAGCUGCUAGACAUUAAAAGGUGAAGUCCUCAUUUGAGUUCUUUAUUCUUUCCAAUGUUUUUAAAAGCUCUACAAUGCACUGCUAUUUGGUAUACAUUGGACACUUGGGGAACCUUACACUAGCCUAUGUGGCUGGUAAUAUUGAAAUUGUAUCUCGUUCAAGAUUAAGUGUCCUUUGUGCCAAAUGGGAGAUGUUCAGGCUGUGCUUGCUAUAUGAAAGGACUUUAGCUGUCUACAAGAUUCCAUAUGAAAACAAGCAAAAGUUGUGUUUGCAGUUGGGUACAGCUUUUAGUUCAAAGGGCUGCACAAGCUUAUAUUGGAUGCUUUAAAAAAAAAAAUGUAGUUGACCAUGCAUUAAAUAAAGGCAUAUAUGCCUCUAGGAAGAGGGUACAACAUAGUCGGCAGUCCCUGAUGGAGCAGGAUUGAGCAGUGCUGGCAUAGACAACAGGUGCACUUUAGCAGAAAACUGCCUCACACCAUAUGCAUCACACUAACGGGAAGCAGAAUAUUUUCCACUGUUAUCUACUUUUUGUUAUGUUUUAAAAGAUCUUCAUGAUAUCAGAAUUUAUUUUGCUUUGUCAAAACUACAAAAUGCUUGAAAUAAACAUUAGUCUGAAGCGUACAUAAGAAUUGGUAUAUUUUCUCUUCGCCUCCCCUAAAACUAGCUUAUUUUAAAUUGUGUCAAGUUUUAGCCAGGAUAAAAAUGACCAGAAAAUGUACUUGACAGGUUAUAUGCUUUCUGAUUCAUUCUCGAUUGUGAGCUACUGAAAAUCCCUGCAUUAAAGUGUGCACGUCGGUCUCCAGCAGGGGGGUGUAAAGUGGCAAAUGGCACAUUGCGUGGAAGGGGCGUGUCCACUGUUGGAGCCAUUACACUGCAGCCUAAUUGGUUAUACAAAAUUGUGCACCUUCAGAUAAGAAGCGGGCAUAGAUAAAUAGCCAUUCACAUCACAUUCUAAUGAUUGUGUGUUUUGUCUUAAGUUCUCUGUUAACUGCUAUUAGGAUUUUUAUAACUUUCUGCAAACCAUUUUCUACAUAAAACACCUUUCCGUUUGUUCUUCUUUUCCUAUCUUUGCCAGGCACAUGUGGGGGGAUAGUAAAGCAUCCUAUUUAUUCUUGAUUAUCAACUAAGUUAUUUGCAUUAUUUAAAAGCUAUAGACUAUUACUGGUCGUCACGAAAAAAUAAAGCCAGUAAGAUGUCUCAGCCAUGUAAUUCCAAUACAUCAACUCACAUCGACACCAUUUACGUCAGACUCUCUGCAUGCUGUAAAUGUAUUUGUGUUUAAAAUAAAAUACAAAAAACUUGAAAAA